GUUGUCCAGGGGGGUUUUGGGGUACCCCCUGACGGCCCCUCAAGCCCCCUGCUUCUGGGGGGGUUUCGGGGGGCCCUGGCGCUGCUGCUCUUCGCCUCGGGGCUGUGGCUGCUUUUGGGGUUCACCCUGCGCCUGGGGUUGCGCCUGCUUUUGGGGGGCACAGCCGCGGCUUUGGGGCGCCCCGGGCCCCCCCCGCGCCUCUGGAUGGCGCUGGUCCGGAUGUUCUCGGGGCGCCACCCGGGGCUGCGCAGCUUUCAGGGGGUGCUGCCCCCCCCUUCCCCUGCCCCCCCUCCACGACACCGUGCACAGGGCGGUGGCUUCGCUGCAGGCGUUGGGGCCGGGGGGCGGGCGAGAGCGUUUGCCCACCCUCGCCCGUGAGUUUUUGGGGGGCCCCGGACCCCAACUUCAGCGCUGGCUGCGCCUGCGAGCCUGGACCCUCCCCUGCUACCUGAGUGACCUCUGGGAGGAGCACGUGCACUUGGGGGGCCGCAGCCCCCUCCCCACCAGCAACUACUACCUCAUGGACUUGCUGGGCCCCCCCCCGACGCGGCUCCCGGCCGCCCGAGCCGCCAACGCCGUCUUCGCCCUCCUGCAAUUCCGGCGCCUCGUGAUUCGGGGGGAGCUGCCACCCCCGCUGUUUCGGGGGACGCUGCCCACGUGCUCAGCGCAGUACGAGCGCCUCUUCAACACCUCCCGUCUGCCCGGCGAGAAACGGGAUCGGCUGUGGCACGGUGGGGGUGGGGGCCACGUGGCCGCCCUUUAUGGGGGGCGCCUUUUCCGGGUGCCGGUGAUGAGGGGGGGUCGCCCCCUGCGCCCCCGGGAGCUGCAGAGCCAAUUCCAGAAAGUGCUGGAAGAAGGGGGGCCCCCCCUGGACCCCCAAGAGGCACUGGGGGUGCUGACAGCAGGGGAGAGGCCCCCCUGGGCGCGGGUGCGGGCGGCGCUGGGGCGAGGGCGAGCGCUGCGGGCGAUGGACGAAGCGCCCUUCAUCGUGGCCUUUGACCCCCCCGGGGUCCCCCCCGAACCCGAGGAACCCCCCGGCGACGGCCACCUCGAAGCCGAGGCCCGGGCGCUGCUGCACGGACCCUGGCACAACCGAUGGUUUGAUAAAUCCUUCACCCUCAUCGUCUUCUCCUCGGGGCGUUUGGGGGUGAACGCGGAGCAAUCUUGGGGGGACCCCCCCGUACUGGGGCACCUCUGGGAGUACACAUUGGCCACUGAGGCGCUGGAACUGCGCUACGAGAGCAGCGGCGACUGCAGGGGGGGGGAGGAGCCCGGCAUCCCCCCCCCCCAGUGCCUGGACUGGGAAAUCCCCCCCGAGAGCCGUCGGGCGCUGUCGGGGGCCCUGGAGACGGCGCAGGUGCUGUCAGACGACCUGGAGCUCCACGUCUUCACCUUCGUGCCCCCACCGGGGUCCCCCCAAAUCUCAGACGCCCUCGUUCAGCUGGCGCUGCAGCUCGCCCUCGUCCGCGAACGGGGUCCCUGCCUGAGCUACGAGCCUGUCCCCACACGGCUCUUCCAGGAAGGGCGAACAGAGGGGGUGCGGGGCUGUGGCCCCCCAAUUCUGGCACUGGUGGCCGCCAUGGGGGACCCCGAAACCAGGGCCGGGCGGCGGCGGGCGCUGCUGCGGGCGGCGCUGCGGCACCAACGGGCGCAGCUGCGGGCGGCGCUGACCGGGGCGGGGCUGGAGCGGCACCUGCAGGCGCUGGAGGCCACGGCGGCCGCCAGGGGGCAGCGCGACCCCUUCCUGCAGGAGGUGCUCGGCCACCCCUGGGCUCUCGCCUCCAGCCCCGCCCCCCGGGCCGACCCCCCCCUGCUGCCCCCCUCCCUGCACCUCGCCGGCGGGGGCUUCGGACCGCCCCACCGCGACGCUUACGGCGUCUCCUUCGCCCGUGGUGGGGACAGCGCCAUCAUCUUCCACAUCUCCUGCAGCGCCACCAGUGCCUGCACGGACGCCCGAGGCUUUGCUGGGAAGAUCCGAACGGCACUGGGGGAACUGGGAGAACUGGGGUGGGGGGAAGAGUGAGGGGGGGGAUCCCAAACCCA